AUGAGUAGAGCCUUCUCCAAUCUUUCAGGGGUAGGAUUGGUCAUUGAAGUUGAGAUCCUGGCUUUGGGAAAAACUAGAAAGCCUAUGCAUUGCAAACAGAUUGGGCUUCAACAACCUUAUGGUAGAGGGAGACCUGGUGUUGGUGAUAGCAUGGAUAUCUUACAGGUACCGGAAAGGGCGAAAGACAUGAAGAGUUCUUGGAGGAAACAAGAGCUCACACUUCUGAUUCUGUAUGCUGUCCUCUUCUACGCUGUCAUCAUUCGUCGCUCCCUUCAAAUUUCUCAUGAUUAUUAUCACAAAGUCUUGGGCUUGCGUCCUGGUUGGGUUGCUGAUUGGCUCAGUGAAAAGUCACCAGGGAAUGAUCCCUUUUCUGGAAAUAUGAUUGCAAAAUGA